CACGGAAGUUGUACACAACGCGAGUUCAUUCAACGCUUAUGUAGCAGUAUAUGUAAGCAAAUAUAAAUGAAACACGCAAGAUGCUUGUUAACUCCCUGAGAGAUUUCUGUCGUGUUGUUUUACCUCUUUUUUCACACAAAACCCUGUCAACAAAUGUACUUGUCCGUCAAACAGCUGCACUGAAAAGGCAUUUAAUUGGAUAUACGCAGAGCUGCAGAAUCCACGUCAGCAGCGCAACUUUCAGCUUCAUGAAACUGGUUAGAAACGGCGAGGAGAAGAAAUCAGUGGUAAGUUGUAACAUUACGAUUUGGAUAGAGGGAAAUAUUGCAAGUGGAAAGACCACCUGUCUGGAGUAUUUCGGCAAAACAAGUGACAUUGAGGUGCUGACAGAGCCUGUGUCAAAAUGGAGAAAUGUGCAGGGAUGCAAUCCAUUGGGUUUGAUGUACCAGGACCCAACCAGAUGGGGGCUCACCCUUCAGACAUAUGUCCAACUGACAAUGCUGGAUCGACAUGUAACACCAAUGGCAUCACCUGUCAGAAUGUUGGAAAGGUCUAUCUACAGUGCCAAGUACAUUUUUGUGGAAAACCUUUAUAAAAGUGGAACGAUGCCUGAGGUGGACUUUGCUGUUUUAAGUGAAUGGUUUGAGUGGAUCAUAAAGAACAUAACAAUUCCUGUUGACCUUAUUGUUUACUUACAGACCUCUCCACAGACGUGCUAUGAGAGACUAAAGCAGAGGUGCAGAGAGGAGGAGAAAGUUAUUCCUUUAGAAUACCUAGAAUCAAUCCAUAGCCUCUACGAGGACUGGCUGAUUCAUCAGAAGUCCUUUGAAGUCCCUGCUCCAGUUCUUGUAAUCCCAGCGGAUCAUGAUCUUAAGAAGAUGCUGCAUCAAUAUGAGGAGAACCGAGAGAAGAUACUAAUGGCACAUUGCUCUUGAGCAACUUUGAAGAUCUGAGAGAGAGGAUGGUGGCCAUGUUAAUUCAACCAAUAUGUUUUCAGCUCUCAUAUAGACAGAUGAAGCAGGCAUAUACAAUAUUUUACCUAGAAGCUUUGAAUUUAUGUUUUACAAACAUUCCUCCACAUUGUAUACAUUAGUUCAUUUGAGAUAGUUGUCUUAUUUAAAAUGUUUUACUUAAAAUGUAAAUGCUGUUUUUAUGAUUAUUUUUAAGUAUACUUGCAUUCAUGAACAUAGUAAACUUGGUUUAAGCACUGAACAGGAGACAGAAAGUAGUUUAUUUCUAGUUUUGUUUUUGAAAACAUUCCACAGUACCUAAAAAGAUAAACUACAGAGAUUCAUUUUCAGAGAUUUUUUUCGUCAUGUCAGUAGAAGUAUUCAGAUAUUCAGAAUGCCAGUUGCAGACAAUGCAAAUGCAUUAGAAGUGAUUUGGUACUGCAUUAACAAUGCAAUCAUCGUACGCAGGCCUUUUAUUGUCAUUCUGAUUGUCACUUGCAGUUUUAGUACCUACUGUACAGAUACUGUCACUAACAAAUACUAUAGAUAACAAUUGUUAAUGUUACUGUGACCAAUGUAAUUUAAACUGCAUAAACAUUUUAUAAUACGCUUUUUUGAAAAUACUGAUUUUAAUACAUUGUUGUCUUAAAUAGAAAAAUAGUUUGCACUUUCCCUUAUUAUAACAGGUAGUAUAAUAUAGAUGCACCAGAAUACCAUGUUUUGACACUUAUUAAUCCACAUGAAGUUUAUCGACAAAUAUCCAAUUAUCAACAUUUCUGAAGAACAAAUGUUCAAUUAAGACAUGGGUGCACAUUUAGCUGUCUCUACAUUUAGUAAGGCACAGUCCAAGCUCAAAAUUAUUUUGAUCCAAAACCUAUUAAGCACGUUUAUAAUUAUUAUAGCAAGAAGCCUUCCUUCAUUUGAAAAUCAAUAAUAGAAGUUAAUAGGACAGAGGGCACUGUCCACUUUUUCAACUGCAAGAUACCAUUUCAUGCAAAAUUGAAAUCAGUGCUUCAUUAAAGGAAUAGUUCACCCAAAAAUGAAAAUUCUCUAAUUUACUCAACCUCAUGCCAUCCAAGAUGUGUGUGACUUUCUUCUGCUGAACACAAAGAUUUUUAGAAGAAUAUCUCAACUCUGUAGGUCCAUACAAUGCAAGUAAAUGGUGAUCAGGCCUUUUAAUCACUUCAGAAGACAUUGAUUUAACCACUGGAGUGUGAUGAAUUACUUUUUAUGUUGACUUCAUCUCCUUUUUGGAGCUUCAAAGGCCUGAUCACAAUUCACUUGCAUUGUCUGGACCUAUAGAGCUGAGAUAUACCUCUAAAAAUCGUUGUUUUUGUGCUGCAGAAGAGAGAAAAUCAUACACAUCUUAGAUGGCAUGAGGGUGAGUAAAUGAUGAGAGAAUUUUCGUUUUGGGUGAACAAACCCUUUAACAAGUCACGAUCAUCGAAAAAGUAACAACAAAACUGUAUAGAUUUCCUAUGCUAAAGAGCUAAUUUUGGAGGGUCAGUGCAUUGUAAAUAUCUGG